CUCUGUGUAACACCAGCGAAGAUGACCGUCAGGAGACCAUCUUCAUCAGCAUCGUCAAACUCGAGAGUCCAGAGAGCAAAGUGCCGCAGUGCCAGCCGCUGCUGGAUAAAGCUCGUCUGGCUCUUCAGAGAGGCGCUCAGGCUGUCAUCUUUGACAUCACAGAUGAUCCCGGUGCUGCUCAGGAGCUGCGUGAUUCAGGUUUGUUGCCUCGUCCAGUGGUGCUGGUGAAGUCAUCAGAUGCAGAAGAACUGAUGGGACUCGUCAAUAAAAACGAAGAAGCCAUGGUGUUCAUAGACAUCAUGAUGGAGACUCAAAAAUGGCCUCACUAUGAUGUUGGCAUCCUGUUGACUGUGGCUCUGGUUGUGUUGGCCAUCAUCGUGAUCUUUGCUCUACGCUUCCGCUGCAGGUCCAACAGAACCUGGGACUCUGUGCACCAGCAGACCAUGCGUGCCAUCAGCAGGUUGGAAACGCACACAUACAGCUCUCAGGGUUGCUCUGGCUCCCAGCGUUCUCGUGGGGCUCCAGGGUCAAACAGCAGCUCCAAUUCCAGCCCAAUCUGUGCCAUCUGUCUUGAGGAAUUCAUGGAUGGCCAGGAAUUGAGAAUCAUCUCCUGUGCUCAUGAGUUCCAUAAGGAGUGUGUCGACCCCUGGCUCCUACAACACCGUACCUGCCCACUGUGCAUGCACAACAUCAUGGGUAAACAGCCUCAGGGUUCAGAUCUGGCAUCCCGUCAGCCCCAAAGAAGUCGAAUGCCACCCCCUCCACCUGAGCACAGUCAAGCCUUCCUCCUUCCCCAUCACUAUUCGAACCAACACCCUUAUCCCCAGCACCAUGUUCCCUUUUCCCUGCAGCAUCAUUACCCCCGUAACCUCUCUGGACCUUUACCCCAAUUGGGCCACUAUGGCAACUCUCCCCCUCUUAAUCCACGGACUCUCCGUUGCUUUCCCAGUAGACCAUUGGGUGCUAGCUGUGCGUACCACUUGGCUCCGGAUGCCCAUCAUGGACGUACGCACAGGACAGGCGGGCACGGGUGUCGGACCGGGGGGCAUCACUAUGCAGCCCCCAGAAGGUCGUGUCACCGGUGUCCCGGAGGACCUUUGCGGAUGCAUCAUGUGGUAUCGUCCGCAAACCAUGCAACUCAUCAUCACCUGCCACGUGGAGGAGGCUCGCAGAGUCGCCAAGAUGACGGCAGCUGCUCGGGAGGGAGUUACCAUACGGAGCGUAGCGGUUACCUUGCAGACGGACCGGCCAGUGAUUCCAGCUCGGGAUCGUGCCACGGCUCGUCCAGCGACUCUGUAUUGAACUGUACGGACAUCAGCCUGCAGGGUGUCUAUGGCAGCUGGUCCACUUUUCGUAGCUCGCUCAGCAGCGAUUACGACCCGUUUGUCUACUGCGGACCGGGCAAAGCUCCACGCAGAGGGAGCAUGGAGGCCACGCAAAGGCCUCGUUCCCUGGACUCGGUAGUGAACCGAACCGGGGGUGGAAGCGGCGGUGAUGCCGGUGCCAUUUGCCCGGAAGAACAGCAGCAACAGGUGGCUGUGUUCAGUCACGUUCACUAUCACAGGCAUAGACACCACUAUUACGAGGAUGGGGAACUCAGUCAAGGGCCCGGCCGAGGCUCUGACGAGGAUCAAGGGGCCACGUCCUCAGCCGCGUCAGCAACCGGGCCUUGUCUUGUAACUAAAGACAAAGACUCCUCCGGGUGUCAGGUACAGCACCAGUCUUGCCACUGCCCCAAAACAGACCUCAGUUCAAGGAGGGUUGAGGAUAGAGACCCAGACCCUGUUUCCUCCUCAGGUGCCUCAGUGAUCGUUCCCUCUCCUCCUUUAACCUCUCCGUCCCCACCCUGUUGCCACAAAGGCCCAGGGUGGACGACCGGUCGGAAAGCAGCUGGCUGUCCAUUGGAAGUGCCUUCGCCGAUUGUUCACUUCCAUCAAAGCUUGGACCUUCAGGAUGAUUGUAGCAUUCAUAUCCACUACGGACAGGGAGCGGGAAGCUACUGCUGCACACCUCCGCCAGACAUGGCCCCCACGCUACUGCCAGUGCCCCUGAUCUUGGACUCGACGGGUAUGACCGACUGGCCGUGCUGUAGUGGGGCACAUGUGGUGUGGCAGAAGCAGGUGCAGCAGGCCCAUUCAGAGCCUCAGCUCCUGGGACCCACUUCUGGAAUGGACAGACCCCUGUGUAGGGCCCAUCAUGGCCCAGGGGACGAACUUCCCAUGGACAUCUGUCUGUACUGCCAAACUCUACACAAUAGUCAGGGGUCAGAGGAAGAGUCUGGUGUUUGAGAAAACUCUUCAUCCAAAACUCCUCUCGCUGCUACACAAGAGCCGAAAUGGACAAAACUCUUCGGCGAUCUCUCGCUGUCUCUUUCGCUCACAUGUUGAGUCUUCCGGAUAAUUCCAAACAUCUUCUGCAAUAUCAAACUGAAUUACUCAGAAUCUCCAGACCUCAGAUUUCAUUCUCACAAAGAAUUCAGCAGUCACUGAUGAUUAGAUGGGUUUUCCAAAAUACUCUUCAGUAGUGACGCUCUGUUACUAGCACCUUUCUAAUGUCCAGAACAAGUCAUUCUUGGUACUUUACCCAAUACGGUCCAAAUGCGACUUUUCAUAGACAAACAAGUGGUAUUAAUUCAGGCAGUUAUCAAAGGAUCUGGAAGAUGCGCAUGAGAUUGAGUAUGGUUUCUUCCUUUCCUUUGGUUUAAAACAGGAUUCGAUUAGUAUCUUCUCUUGUAAACAAGUCUGAGAACUCCUUGGUGAUCUUCAUGAAAGAUAUAAACAUGUAUUUCCGUAUUCCAUUGAGAUUUAGACUUAGCGUAUGUACUUUAUGCAAGUACGUAGACGCUUCUAUCUACACAAGCUUGGUUGUCGUGUUCUGAAAUGUGUCAGAACUGAUUCAUAAUGCUUGUCUUGUUCUACAGUCAUUUAUCUCUUUCAGGUUAACUACUAUCAUGGCGGAAUUCUGUUUACAACAGCUACCUGAUUAAUAACAUAAUAUGAAGGUAUCAUUAUACCUUGAAGACUGAGAUACGAAGCAUGUACAACGAAACCAAGAGCUUGCAAUGCAUCGGCUGUGCACUUACUUCUGUGUUUGCGUACUUGCAUAAAGUAUGUUUCAUUAGUUCACUGAGCCUACUGGCUAAUUUUUAACUAUCUAGUCAUUGCGGUGCUACCCGCCUCUUCCAUUUAAUUUCUAGCUUUUUAACUAUGUGUUGGGCUACGUUCAAGCAUCUGGCCUGGGUUUCCAGCACUACCUCAGAUAACCAAUCAGAAAGUCCUGUUAGCUAGACGGUACUUCAAAGGUACUUGUGCGUUGGCCUCUCGUUACCUCUGCAAGAUAUUAACUCAGAGGAGCGAUAGGGAGCUUUACUUUAUAUCAUCUGUCCUUGGAAAGGAGCAUUUCAUUGAGGUUUCAGGUUUUGUUAAUUCAGAAAUGGCAGCUGUUAUUUACAAAUGUUUGUGUCUUCAUUUAUUAAUUUUGCUCAUCAAAACUGAAUUAAUUGACUGAAUAUAUUUAGGGAAAGUUGUGAAGAUUUUUUUGUUUUGUUUUGUUUCAUUAUUUUUGUCUGUUAAGCCUAUAAUGUGUUCGGGCUGAGAAGGACUACAUUUCCCAGAAUGCUUUGCUUUCACCUCUGUGACUCUCAUGUUCCCUUAAAGGGAUGCGACAUUUCAUAGAAACCAACCAGCAUACAAGCUUACCAAAAGUGCCUCUGUAACCCAUGAAAUGAACACUUCAUGAAGUUUAUACAUACAUUUAUGUAGCCUGCUGUCAUGUUCCUGGCAAUACCAGCUGACACACAAAACUUGAGUUGACUCGAUGCGUAUUGCCUGCAAGCAUAGUUAUACUGUUACCCAGAAAUCUCCGUUGUCGUUUAUUGUAAAAUCCAACCUUUAAAGGAAUGGUCUGGGUUCAAAACAAGCUAAAACAAGUGACAUGCUGGAAGUAAACCCUUCCUUCAGUUUGUAAAAAUAUCUGAUGCAGUUCUGAACCUGUACCAUUCCUUUAAGUAAAGAAAAGGAAACACUGGAAAUCUUGCCAUGGCAAACACCUGAAUGUUUUUUUUUUGUUUUUAUUUUUUGUCAGUAAAUGGUCAAACUGGUCAAAGGUCUUUAUCCUUUGAACCACAAACAUCUCCCGUGAGUCUUUUUGGCUUCAUACCGUCACAUGCUGAUUUUCAUCUAAAUGAGGCUGAAUCCCAAAUGAAAAUAUAUGCAAGACAAAAUAUAGUAAAUCCCAGUGUAGGGUUUCCUCAUACAGGGUUCCCACACCUUAAGACCAAUGACUUUUCCAGUUGUUUUUGAUUAUCGUAAAGAUUUUUAAAGUCAUUUUAUAAAGAUUACACUCAGAAAGAGAAACUUUCAGUCUAUUAAAGAUUUUAAAGCCGUGCAUAAUAGCAAGAAAUUAUGUCUGUAUUGUUCAUACGCUCUCUUUU